AGGUGUUAGCUGCUCAAAGUUGCCAACAGCUACUUCUCAAUUUUCAUCAUGAGGUGGUUAAUGGGUGUGGCCCUGGUGUUGAUCGGCCUUGCAAUUGGCACGGCUGGCAUGCACUUCAUCAGGAUUUCUGAGCUGAAAAAGAACAGCGGCAAUCUAUUGGAAGGUCGAUUCUUCUUCCUCGCUGGCAUGGCCAUGAAUAUUCUGGUGGGUCCGGCGUUUGACGUUGCCGGCUAUGCCUUCGCUCCUGCCGCCGUCAUCGCUCCCUUCACCGGCUUCAACAUUGUCAUCAAUACCCUGGUGGCUCCGUUCAUGCUUGGGGAGGAGCUCACCUGCCGCAGAUGUGCAAGUGCCGUCAUCGUUUUUAUCACAGCUACAUUGUCUAUUUUUUUCAAGAAUGCGCACACAGAGGUUUGGUCAUUGGAACGCACAGAGGAUGUAUUGGGUCGCCCUCGUGUGGUGAUCUACGGGACCAUUUUUGCAAUGUGGUUCCUCCUGAAUGUGUGGAUACGAGCGCGCUCACCACAUGGAUCAGUUAUUCGGGGCUUUUCACUGGGCGCAACAGCAGGAUCGUUGGCCGGGAACAUGUGGUGCACGAGGGUUGCAGCGGCGCUUGCUGCUGACUGUGUUUCUGGCGAUUGUGCAGCUUGGAGCCAUUGGAUUCCAUGGGUGGUUCUUGCUGGCGCUGUUUUUUUUGCUGUCGCAAAUGUGCCAUAUAUGGCCAAAGGUAUGCAGAAGUACGAAGCACUUUUCAUGGUUACGGUCUUUCAAGGCUCCAAUAUUCUGUCAAAUAGUUUAAGUGCUUUGAUUGUUCUACAAGAGAUGGACGGUGAACCAUGGUGGAAGCUUCUGGGAUAUUCAAGCUGCAUCAUGGGUAUGAUGUUUGGGCUCGUUAUCUUGGUGCAUGGAGAGGAAGCUCCUUGUCCAGACACGUUUGAAGUCGAUUGUACGAGGAUGAUGUCCCUUGACCUCGAAGCCCAAGAUGAUACAACCAGCAGUGAAUCGGAUGAGCCUGAUAUUAUUGACUUCCUGCAUGCAGUGGCCAAAGAUCCUUUCACUCAUUUGUCAUCAAGCACUUUGUGCCGACAAGAUUCUUCUGAAGAAGAGGUUUGAAGUGUGAAGCUGACCAAAUAGACAUGAAGUCCAAGUACUUUGUCUCGACAAGAUUCUGAAGACGUUUGAAGUUUAAAGCUGAUCAAAUACACGCUUCCCACACGCUGAGGCAAAGCUCCCUCAGAAGCAAGUGGUGAAAAAUGCGCUUUUGCGUUGCACGCUUCAACUGUUUUUUUCUGAUGUGUUGUGCCAGUGAAUUAUUUGAGCCUGUGACCGGUGCUGUUGUGCUCGAGCAUCAAAGUGCUGCCUGCCAACAUAUCCC